AUGCGCGGUAUGUACCAGUGUUCCAUAAAUGGAAUCGCUUUCAGUACACGAUAAGCAUUUCAAGCAUUAAUUUAAAAAUUUUAAUAAUUUAAAACCUGUUGUCUUAUUGCACUUUAAAUUUUUCAAUAUAUCAUAUCAUAACCCACAGUGUUGAUGCAGUACCAUGUGUUGGCUUAGAUGUUCCAGGCUAAACACUGAAAUUCCUGACCAAAUAAUAAUUUACGAAUUCUUAAAUUGAUUAUUUGGUCGUCACGAUACACGUUUCUCUACCUUAAAUCGUGAUCUAGCCUAUGCUACAAAUCUACACUUAAAGAAGAAUACUUUAAAAUAAACUGUUUUAAUUAAUAUCAUGCCUAUACAGGCAUUAUGACGAACACAAGAGCUCGUCCUUUGGAAAUACAUUUAUUGUAUAAAGUCUGUCAAACUAUAGCAUCACAAAUUCAUAAGGUGCACUUUAGACAUCACCCCAUUUAAGCUUGUUUGUACGCAUUUCUCCGUAAAAGCAAACCGCACGUUUUGGCCAUAUAUAGCAUAUGGUAGUUUUUUCUAGCGGUAAACGCAAUAUGCUACUUAAUUGCACGAUCUGUAGUUAAUAUUUCUCCAGAUGACACGCAUUGUAUGCAUUCGGUUCAAAAUCCCUCAGUUAACCGCCUAAUUGGAGUUGCAGCAAUUGCCUUACCAUUUUCAGAUGCAGUUGCAUAAUUAACAACGGACAGUGUGUUUGUGUGCUAAUAAUCCGACCGUCUUUGCUAGGACGCAAUCAAAAAUAUAGUCCCAAAUUCGCCGACGUGGGGUGUCAACGAUAUGAGACAAAUGCUUCUUAAAAAUAGGCAUUCAGUUAAUAUUUCAGGAUGAUGCGAAAUCUACAUUUGUUUAACAUUUAUGUCUAUUCCUAAUAGGACCUGCCCAACCGGCGGAAGAUAUCAGCGUUUGUGAAGAGCCAUACGGUGGUUGUGUUGGUUUCUACGAUAAGAAGGAUAAUUUCUCAUCAUUUUAUCGAUGCUUGGACGCCUGCAAUUUUCAAAAAGGUUCGAAUACUAUUCAACAGUUAUAGCUAUCGUUUUUUUAAUUGUUACACAACAUUAACCGCUUUUCAUGUUUUUAGUGCCUGGUUCGAAGCAGCUGCAAGGGUAUUCCUGCACCAGUUAUCGGACUCCAUGCACUCACCUAAACUUUUAUUACGUCCAGUCGUUUAAGAAUCCUUUUCUUGAGUGGACUACUUGUCUGGAAACUUGUCAUGCGCUUUACAAAGGUAACGCUGAUCGGUAUUAAAAAUCAGUGCCAAUUUAUAGUUGCUAGUAGAGAUUGAGUGCGCAUUUCAUAUAAAAAAAUAUAAAAAAAUUUUUUUGCGCGUUAUCGGACUUGCGAGGGAUGGUGAUAAUCAACCGCAAUGUUCAUGAACAGCGUAUUGCAUCACACUGAACUAUAACAACAGCCAUUUUACUUCUUUGUUUUCUGAAUGAUUUGCGCUCCCAAUCGUAUCCGUUUUCUUGAUUGUGCAUAACCGCAAAAAGUGUCAUCUGAUUCUCCCGUUAAUGUAAUGUACCAAAAUGGCAUUUUAGAUGACGGAACCGUACCAUUUAAGAACGAGAUCUGCACGCAACCAAUGCAAAAUUGUUUCGAUUUCGAAAAUGAAGAUGGAACUCUGGAUGCGUUUAUUGGAUGCUACAUCGACUGCCAGGUUGCUAAAAAUGGUAGGAAGUUGGUUUGGCUAACACACGAUUAAAUAUCCGUUGUUAUUGCUUACCGUUUUUUCCAACUUGUUUUUUUAGACAAUGAAACACGUAUAAGUCGUGCAUACAUUUGCAAUCCUACAUCUCGUGCGUGCAUUGAAACGGAAUUCUUCAUCUCAUCGGGAGAUCCAAACCCAGCCCUCAAAUUGCGGAAGUGUUACAAAGAGUGUGCUAGUCCUGGUGGCACAGGUAAUUGUAUUAUGCAUUGAAACGCGUUUCACCAUAGAAAAUGCGUUUAGCUAAUUAAAUUAAUUUCAAAAACCUCAACGAAUAUGCUCAGAAUAUUUGAAAACAGAUAAACAAGAACUAGAUACGAUUACACAAGCCCCGUCAUUUUGACAGUAGUAUUUUGCUGGGUAAAACUGGGUUGUUCAUUGGUGAUUUGUCAGAAAGUGGUCCAAAAAAUAAAUUUAUCCAAUUUCACUUGCGCGCUAUAGCACUUGGUCUGAUAUGCUAUAGUCAUUUUUGUAGAAAAUACCAGCUAGGAUACUAAUUGUGGCAGCUCUUCACGGCUGCAUCCUUUUAAAUUAAAAGAUGAGUGUUUCAUGCCAAUUUGUGCAACAGUUUAGCAAAUGCGGCUAGACAAUCCAGUCUUAAUUUCUGAAGCAGGGGAUUUAUUUUCCCUGUCGCGAUUCAUUUGGAAGCUUAACGUGUUUUCUAUUAUAACGUCGUCUUAUUUUCCAAAAUACAACAAAGAAACAGAAACCAGUCAUAAACCUGUUCUUUUCAAAUGUGAUGUGGACAUCAAGACAUGCACACCAUGCGACGAGGAAGACGAAGGCUGUUCUGACUUUCAAACUUGUGAUGAUAACUGCAAGGACAUUGGUGAGUGGUUUGACCUUGUAUAAAUUAGGUUUAGCCUGAUUCACGUAAAUCACUAGACCAUAUACCCAAGCUGGUCUGAUAGGCAUUUUGGGAUCAAUAUUUUGAAAGGUAGCGCAUAAAUGUAGCAAAAAGUUUUUCUCUUUUAAGGUGUUAAUCAUCCACCCGAGUCAAGACAAAAUGUGGCUUAUUUCACUACAGACAUUUCAACAGUUUUAAUGUAGGCAAUACAAUAGCGGUUUUUCAAAAGCCGAUAACUAUCGCGAUGCGAUGCGAGUGCUUUAAUUAGCAUGCUUGUACAUAAGUCUGUGCUGCAUCAUCAGAGUCGACGUCUAACGGCAUAAACCAUGGUAGACGUCGAUUGCAUAUUUGCUGUUAAGACUUAUCUCAACAUGUUGCUGCAUCUCUUUUAUCAAUCUGAUCUUGGUAUUUAAAACAAUGACGCUAUCUUUUUGCUGAAACGGCAACCGCGCAUCAAUGGACCGAGGGACGUCGUCUGCAUGCGCUACAGAAGUAACCAUAUAACUGACCAUAAACGUUAAGAAACUCCACUUAGGAACUAUACUACACAACUGCUCGAUGGCAUCUCAUGUUUGAUGCGAUUCCGCAUUUGGUUCGCAGCUAAUAAAAAAUACCGAACGCAGUAGGCAUCGUAGUAUAUCAUCCGCGAUACAUACUUAUUUGACAAAUUCUGUUUUUGCCUUGUUCCUUCCAAAUUUCCCGAAAGAAACUCACUGAAAGCGUAUGUUUACGCAUGCAAUGGUCCGUUCAGUGAGUGGUUGAAACGAUCAAUAUGCCUCGAAUUAGCAGACAGCGACAAGCGACAUUCAAACUUUCAUGUGCUUACUGCCCGGGCAUAUGCUUUUUGAACAGCCCUACAAGAGUUGAAGAAUUGCGGUUUUUGGCUGCUAGACACUUGGAGGAACAGCUGCCAUUUAGCCAGCUUUGAUAAGAGGAUUUUCAUCAUGGGGAAUGAUUUCACAGUGUCCAUUGACAAGUGCUGUUUACCGUGUCAUGAGUCUGCUGCCUUCCUUAGUUAGACACAGGAUUUGAACGUUUCUACGUGCAAUAUCAUGUUGAGUUCAGUAAGCGAAGAUUAUAUCAAUCGUCGUUAGGUUUGCGUAAAGUUUACUAAUUCCGUCACAACCUCUCCGUGAAUUCGUUUAAAAAGUGGUGUUUGGUUGACCCCAGCGGUCGAUGUAAAACCAAACCUUAUGACCUUGAAUACCGAUUCACAUAAACAUCUAUUGAUACCAAAAGCUCCUUGGUGCGAUGCCGAGCAGGCUGUUAUGCCACAAUACCUAUGUUUAUAAUUAAUCGGAUAAUUAGACGUGGAGACCACUGGUCGUGAUGGAUUCUAUAGAAAGAAAUGUACUGCUUCAAUGUUUUUGCUUGAAAUCUGAUAUUUCGACCUGACAUGGUUGAGGCGAUGUAUAUAGGAUUUUGAUCACGGCUCUUCAUUUAGGCGUUUCUACAGUCGAAGCGUGAUUUCGGAAAAUUUCUUUCGUUUGACACCGGAUAAUAACGUAGGUCGAGUAAGUCAUGUCCACUGCUAAAUAAGACAUUAUAGAUUAGGUUGUGGAGAAAUGGAAAACACUGUUCACAUGAUAUGCCGAAGGUGUUAUACGAAGCUGUUAGCAUUAUCCUCAGCGUACCGACACUUUGGGGAGUAAUUUGCCAAGAUCUCAAAUUUGCAUGAUAAGCACCAGCUUAGUCACCAAGGAAAUCAAACCCGAAGUGAGAAUAUUUCAAAUAUGAUGGAGUGCUGUAGGUAGGUAAUUUGUCUUGUUCACUGAAUUAUGAAAGGAAUUUUUGAUUUCAUUAUAGAGGCGACCGGUCGUGUACCAGCCAGAUGAAUUGUAAGUCCUUGCCCGAAUGCGUAAGCAGUCAACCAUAGUAAGCUGAACUUCUAAAUGUGCAAAGUCGAACUGAGGGUCUUGUUGAGUUUCAACCGUGAAUGUCACACCAAAGAUGAAGACAUGACUGGCAAACAAAAUUAUUAGCCACCAUAAUUCGUCAAGAACAUGAAAUUAAUUCAUUUCUAGUGAAAACCAAAUUUCAGGAAAAAGUUGGCCGAAAUUGCGAAAUACGUUUUUGAAAAAAGUAGAUUACUCAGGCGAGGUUGAAACGUUGACUAUCAUGUCCCAAAACCAAGCGAAAGGUAUACUUCAUGAAUACUUUUAUCGAUAAAAGCCAAUGGGACGCCUGAUGUGGAUUAAAAUCAUUCUGGAGCUGUCUACCUAUUGGACUCAUUAAUGUGCCCACUUAUUCGGUUAGACGAAUGCAAAGAAAUCACGACUUGCUAGGAGAUAACGGUAGAACAUCCUUUUUUGUGCGUAUGUUUUAUAAAAUAUAUUUAAUUUACACCGAAAUUAAAAAAUCCGUGCAUAAUUUCAAGCUAAUUUGGCAGUAAUAUUUACCGUGGCAGAUCAGUAAGAUGUACAUUCCAAAGCCAACAGCAUGUCUCUUUUUAAAUAGCACAGGAAUGUUUAUUAAAAAUCCAAAAACCUUGAAGAAAUUCUUACUCGUCAAAGGCACAGAUUAGCUGUCAUAAGUGAUUUUAUCUAAGAACAAAGCUUACGGUCGUCCGUCAACGACCCACACAGCCCAUUAUAUACCCAUAAUCCAAAUCAUUUUAUGCAAUUGAUAUAAGACAAAGUUCAACUGGGGGUUCCCUUGGGUCGAAGGUAAGGAGCGAAGCGAAUUGAUUAAUGAAAACAGUAGAUAGUGAAAUCUCGAUCCUCUUUCAACUGAGCAUGCAGAAUUAUACUUACGUAUUCAUUAAGGAUCCGCCUUCUAGGCGUGUUUUUAAUUCAUUCGGUAGGCGACACCUCAAGGAGAACCAGAAAAAAAGGAUUGAAUUCAAGCGCAAUGCCUUGGAUGGACCGAGGGUACUCCAGCUCUUUACAUAUCCACCAUAAGUAAGUAUGACGCAUGAGAUGCUGGAUGCGUCAGAAUUAUGACGUCGGCCAAACCAGCCUUCGACGCGUCAAGAUAAGUCUUUUAGGAGUGUUCGGACAACCACUUAGGCGGAUACAUGCGGUAGACACUUUGGAAAGAUUUGGCUAGCUGUGUUCCCCGGUUUCAGAAACUGCUUAAAUUAUUGCUCAAACCUAAGUAAUCGGGAUUUGGGAACGACAUCGACGUUAGCGUCUGGAGCAGUAUUGUGAAAAUAAUAGAUCGGUUGAAGGUGACAUCACGUAACACAUUGCAAGAGGUGCUGAUGACAAAAUGCCGUUCGUCAAACUCUCAUAGUAAGAUAUUGAUAGUGUUCAUCGCUGAUAAGGUUUGACAUAGAGUGAUCUUCCAUACAUGCAUGCAGAAAAUGUGUACAAAAUAAUGCUUUAUGUACACUCUAUGGAGAAGUAAGAACGUAUGGGUGUCACAAGGUAGUGUUAGUGACCUUACUCAUGAAAUGUGUCGAAAUUUACAAAUGAUACACAAUCACUCGUAAACUGACACCAUUUCAUGAGUCCAAUGUGUAUGUUAAUUACGUACAAGUUUAAAGGAAUUAAAAACAUAAAAGAAACAUUAAAGGCAGUGCUUCGUUGUUUAGAAAUUCCAAAUUAUUUUGAAUAGCCCCGAAAACGUCAGCAAUGGCACUCAUUUAGAAAACAUCGUUUUUAAAUGUACAUAACGCAUUCACAUACCAGAAACAUACUAAAUAUGAAAGUAGGCAUAAAAUAACGUCUAGUAAUAGUGCUUUUGUAAAGCUUACAUCUAAACAUCGUUAAUAAGCAGUGUGAUGUCAUAUAUGACGGUUUGUGCAUACAUUCUGAGUAUAGAUUCCAAAACAUUUUUCCAGUGAAUAUUGUUGGUUUUGGCGCAAUUGAAGUAAAUAGGAUGAAGUUCAACAGGAUAAGAUGCAAUCUGCUUGAUUUUACCGAUGCGGACGUCGCAGGAACAAAGGUUUUCAUAAGUUGUCAUUCUAUGAUGCCGGUCGGUUCCUAAUAAAUUUAAAUAGAACUGACAGGCGUGAUCGUAAACGUGCUCUUUUGGUAUAUAGAGAGAACAUUUUUCCGUUAACUUAAUUUAAACUUUUUGGUUGUUUUUGAUUGACAACCCCGACCCUUAAGACAACAGGAAGUGAUGCUCGGCUAUCAGUUAGAUAUUCAGAGAGUCAACACGGAUGUCAUACGAGGCCAUACCUGUCUUAAUAUCCCUUAACUACGUACAGGGCUUGACCUAUCUCAUGAAAUGUUGGCUAAAAUUCUCAAAUGUGUUUUCGAUUAGGAAGGAUUACUUGGUCGCGGUUGUGAUAAUGAUUAUCCUAAGGCAUACUCUUAUAACAUUUUAGACUCGGCACGAUGUCCGCUUUUUAAUACAUUUCUUUUUAAUCUCCUUUCGAAAGCGUGAUCGGUAAAAAAUAACUACUUAAGUAGCAUGCAUUUUUCCCAUUGAUUUUCGAUGGUCUUGGAAAUUCAAAUAUAUUUUAUAGAAACCACAAACAAAAAUAUCCGUUCUUUAUUUAAUCAAUAGAAGAUCACGUCUUCUUUAUAUUUUAUACUUACUUAAUUAGGUUAGAAAAAAAGGUUUCUAGUUGCCGAAAAAUUGGGAGCCUGAUAAUUCGUUGAAUUAGCGCUUAGUGAUUACACUCUACAAGGUGCAUGCGUUCUGCGCAAAGAAAAUCUCAUAUUUGUAUAAGUCUUUGAAUAGAUAUUAAAUAGGGUCCAUAAAAUUUUGCAAUGGAUGCGGACCAUGUUGUACAUUUAAUUAGGAGCAGUGGUAAACGUCCAGGUACGAUGUUAUGUGAAUGGACAUCUCGCGGUUUUAAAAAGUCUCGUAAUUAGAAACUUUUUUAAGACCUUAUUAUACUCCUUCCAAAAGUAAGAAAAUAUAAAGAAGACGUGAUUCUCUAUUAAUUGACUAAAAGAAAGCAUAUUUUUGUUUGCGGUUUCUAUAAAUUAUAUUUGAAUUUCCACGACCAUCGAAAAUCAAUGGGAAAAAUGCAUGCUACUUAAAUAGUCUUUUUACCGAGCACUCUUUCUACAGGAGAUGCAGAAGAAGGGCAUUUAAAAGCGGACAUCAUGCCGAGUCCAAAAUGUUAUAAGAGUAUGCCUUAAGAUAAUCACUGUCACAACCGCGACCAAGUAAUCCUUCCUAAUCGAAAACACAUUUCAGAAUUUCAGCCAACAUUUCAUGAGAUAGGUCACACACUGUAGGUGCGUUUACGUUGCGUGAUAAUGUCCAUAUUGUGUGACUGUCAAUGGUAGCCACACUCAUCGAAUUCGCAUGCACAUUUAUUAACCGUCAAAUACAAGCCGCGAACAGCUGUAAAACAGUAGCGUGACCGAAAUUCAUGUAGUCAUCAUUCUAUUUCAAUUGGUAUUAUCACCUAUAUUAGAGUGCUGACGGAAAGGCAGACUAGGAUUCCCAAAUAGCACCUACGUUGGACGCUGACCAGGCAAGCAGCUGUGAUAAGUUGUCGUCCGUGGAAACUCAUAAUCUCAGCACAUGUGUGCAAAUCACGCCUGCAGCCGCACGACAAAAAAAACGAUUGGUUAGAAUUUAGCCUAGUGUAGCUCAUACCGGCGACUGAUAGUGAGCAUGAUGGAAACAGAAAAGCGGCGAGUGAAAGCGCCACUGGGAUACCGCAUGGUCGUGCUGAAACUGUUUGUGUUUACACUCUAACACCAUGCCUUCAUUUCCCAACCCUUAAUGACAGUCAGAUGUCACUUCGAGGACAGUACUUUUCAAGUGUGAUAUGGAAUCGAAGUCCUGCGAAAGAUGCGAAAACGACGAUGAAGGAUGUUCUGAGAUUCGCAGUUGUGACUACAGCUGCAAAGGUGAUGGUGAGUGCUUAACUGCGUAAUUUAAUUUAAACAGCUGCGUUGGCGGAGGCGUUAUGUAAGACCUGUUAACAAAUAAUUCCAUCUAUAUCUACUACAAGUCGCUGUGCGACUGCCUGCGAGGGUUCUGGUACGAGCCCCAAGGCACAACGGAACGAGCAUGUUCCGUAACCUGAUUGGUGAGCGCCCACUAUCAUAAUAUAUAUAUAUAUAUUCACUCAGGAAUGUCGUAUCCGCUCUGAUAUAUGUUUAUAUAUAUAUAUAUAUGCGAUGAUACCGACAAAGACAAGGGAGACCGGAAUGACCAUUUCUGGCAUAUUAGCCGUCAUCAGCCAGUCAUACCCAACCCCAAGUGUGGAUCACUUGAGAUUCGAACCCGGGAUCUUUGGUC